UUGGCGAGACACGUUAGUUUGAGCUGCUUUGAUUACUGCUCUAGGUGCGUAAAGUCCUCUGUUGGGUUCCGUGCGCUUUUACGCAUCGAAAUCUCCAACAACAGAAGCAUUUCUUUUAAUUACUGACUUGUUGAAGUUGGUGAGGUUCCUUUGGAGAAGAGGAGAUAUGGAUUUGGUGUAUCUGGUGUGUUUAGCGCUGAGCAUCGGUGCCUGGUUCGCGUGUGCGGAGAGACACAGCGUCUACUGGAACAGCUCGAACCCACUCUUUCUUUGGGACGAGUACACCGUGAACGUGCGCAUCAAUGACUAUCUGGACAUCAUCUGCCCCCACUACACCCACGGCGAGGUGCCGUCGCAUGCAGCCGAGCGCUACGUGCUGUAUAUGGUUGAGAAGGAGGACUACGACGUGUGCAAGCCUCAGUCCUUCGACCAGCUCCGUUGGGAGUGCUCGCGGCCAUUCGCUCCCCACGCUCCCGAGAAAUUCUCUGAGAAAUUCCAGCGUUUUACUCCUUUCACCCUGGGAAAGGAGUUCAGACAGGGAGAGAGCUAUUAUUAUAUCUCCAAGCCAAUGCAUAACCACGGCCAGGAGUGUCUAAGGCUGAGAGUGGAUGUUGUCGGGCAUAAAGGCUCCGGAAAGGCCAAUCUAGAUAAAUCCAAGGCCGAACAUACAGGAAGAGGCUUGGAUGGAGGAAAAGUAAAGUUUCCUGCUGAUGGAGGAGUUCACAACUCCUUGAACCGGCUCCCAGCAGAUGACCCCGCUGUGAUGGAGCCAAACGUCCAGAGGAGCAUCGGCAGUUCAGGAGCACAGCUGGUCUCCUUUUCGCUCUUCUUCACCAUGAUCCCAGUCCUAUUAGCCCUGAUGCUCCACUAAAGCUGAGCGUCACUACACAGACAAUGCUAACCAAUGCGGGUCAUUGGGACCACAAAGAACACUCAAAAGACUUUUUUUUAUACAGAGUUUUUAUAUGAAAAAUGUGUGUUUGCGUGUUUGUUUGUGUGAAUGUGGAAUGUGGAUCGUUCCAAAGAAGAGGACCUUUUUUUUUUGUUUAACUUUAUUAUGAGGAUGAAAGUUCUCAUUUUUUAAGAUGCACUCUUUUUUUCAGUCAUUACGAACAAAACUGCGAGCAAUCUCAUCAAAAAUACUUAAUGGACUGAUAUCAGAUUUGAAAUAGACAAGAAGAUUACAUUAUCUUCAUUAAUCCGUGUUUUCACCGUGGUACAAAUUUGCAUUACUCGUCUCCAGGUGUUAGUGUCAUUUUUUUUCUUCCUCUACAUGUAGAGAAAUUAUAAAAUCUGUGUAUUGGAAAUGUUGUUGUCUACUGCCAAAGUGGUAUGCAUUAUGUAGGAUUUUGUCAUGUUGUUGUGUAGCACUCAGCUCCCUGAUAAAUCUCCCCGAGUCUGUUAUAAUCUGCAAGUCUGUCAAAGCAUCCGCACUGACAAAAAAAGCAGUCGCUGUGGUUUCGAUGAACACCACUGAAGCAUCUGACAUCACUUUGAGUUCAGUUAUAAAAUCACAAGAAAGCAAAUGGUCUAAUGUGGACCUGUGGUUCUCAGCUUUUCUUUUUCUUCCUUUUUUUAGCACAUGGGCCCUUAAAGUGAUGCCUACAGCUGCUCGUGCAAAUUAAACAGUAAAAAUAGUUAAUUUUUCUUAUAUGUCUCAGAAAAAAAUGAAAAAAUGCAUCCAAAGUAAUUCAGAUCCAGCUCAGAGACAAUUGAUUCAUUUUGGCCGUUUACAAACUCUAACUCUUAUUUUUAAUAAUCUUACUGUACCUUCAAAAAUGCACACUAAAGUAUUUUUAAAGUCCUAUAGCUGAUGACACUUUCUCAUGAGCAGUUGUGACGUGGGGUUGAGAGCCACUCAUCAAAAGACAGAUACAUUUUACAACUAGCAGGGGUGUCAGGGAGCUGAGCUUCAUCAGUACUUACGGUAAUUCGCUCAUUUCUGCUGUACAUGGUACACUGGCUGAUGUGCAGAUGUGGUUCCACUCGCACAUUGUCAAACCUCAAACUGAAGGGAUUUCCCAGAACACACAUCCAAUUGUUUUCUUCUGUCAUUUUUUAAAUGUUUAUAUGUAAAUGUGUACAUAAAGAAAACUAUAAGAAACUGUUUUAUGAUGUGAACAAAAUCUUUAGUGAAAUAAAAAAAAUUGUGAUGUAAUGAAAA